UUAAUUCACAUAGAGAACAUUCCAAUAUUCGUAAAGAAUGUUCUCUAUAGUAGUCACCACACUGAGUUCCUUUCUCUUGUGGAGUCGGAAGAUUUGCGACUACUUUGCUCCAUUGAUAAUCUAUCGGAUACGUCAAUCAGUGAACUGCCGAUAAUUGGCUUGAAGAAUCUGAAAACGUUAACGCUUCAGAAUGUGCCGACAUUGAAGAGAUUGCCACCGGUGUUGAGUUUCACUCAUCUUGAAACCGCACACUUCACCUACGCCCACCACUGUUGCCUAUUCAAGCAUGUCGACAAUGUCAUCGAAGGAGAAAAUGGUCUCUACAAGAAUAAUGCGAAAGAAAUCCACCAUCGAAUUUGUAGACAACGAGAAACGCACAGAUCUCGACGGCAGGUACGUGGUACGCAGUGGUGUUAUGUGUGCGUUGCAGCUUUCGAUCCGUCAGAAAUCGGUGUUACCCGUUGCCUGGACGUGGAAGAGGUGGCCACGGUACAAGGAUUCUACCAUAACAUCACCUGUACACCCCAACCCGAUGCGUUUAACCCUUGUGAAAACAUAGUAGGAUUAUGGAUGCUUCGGAAAGCAAUAUGGCCGGUUUGUACACUUGCCAUCGUUGGCAACGUACUGGUGUGGGUGAUACUUGCGUUGGCAUUCGAGAAGCGAAUGCGUGUUCACUAUCUCUUCAUGAUUAACCUAGCGAUUGCCGAUAUGAUUACAGGGGUCUAUUUGGCCGUACUCGCUGUCCAAGAUGUUCGAACAGGUGAUGAAUAUUACAGGCAUGCCGUCAGCUGGCAAACCGGAUGGGGAUGUAGCAUGGCUGGAUUCUUCGCUGUACUAUCAAGCGAGUUAAGCAUCAUUUCAAUGUUUUUCAUUGCAUUCGAAAUGACUUACAAUACAAGGAACGCUUUCUACGGGCAGCGCUUAAGUUUUCCGGUCGCAUGCGCGAUGAUGGCAGGUGGAUGGGCUUUCGCAUUGAUAAUGGCCACGUUGCCGUUGUUGGAUCUUUCCAGUUACUCCACUUCCAGUAUAUGUCUUCCCUUAAGACUACAUAAUAUUGGUGAUAGGGCUUACAUCAUCUUUUUUUUAUUGUUCAAUCUUCUUGCAUUCGUCGCUAUGGUAUUCUGCUAUGUUCUUUUGAUGUCAAUGUUGAAGGACCCACGAACACCAUCUCGAGCAGAAGAUAACCUAAUCAUUAAAAAAAUGGUCUGGCUGGUUGGAGUGGACUUUCUCUGUUGGUUUCCAACUUUGUUUUUCGGGCUCUCAGCCGCAACGGGUUAUCCGCUGAUUUCUCUAAGUAGCGCCAAAAUUUUACUGGUAUUCUUCUUCCCAAUCAACGCUUCAGCCAAUCCUUUCCUUUACGUGUUUUUUACAAAGGUUAAUUUUUUCGCUUCAAAUAUCGUCAUCGAUGUUUUUAUUCGAAUUUACAAAUCAAAUUUUAGCACACUAUCCAACUUCUAUCACUUGCAACCACCAAAUCGCCGUGAGGAGGUCAGUCAGUUUCAUAGUGUUUUCUACACUUUUUCUGCUGUUCUCGCGAAAUGA